AUGAGUUUCACAACUACUGACGAUACUCCUUGUAGGGAGAAUCCAGAUAUUGAGCCGUCAUUCCCUAUUAUAGGCAAAAAUUAUAUCAAAUUGUCAAGCAAACCAAUAUACGAAGGAGCAAGCGGAGUAUUAUACAAAUGUUCUAAUACAAUUGGUAAAGAUUACUUAGUAAUAAAGACGAUAAAAAAACCAGAUUACCAAUCAUGGGAUACAUAUAAACGAAUAGUCAUGAAAGAAUAUAAUAAUAUGAAGCUCUGCUCGAACAAUAAUAUAAUGAAAAUCAUUGACUUAUGUGAGAAUGCGGACACGAAUGAACUAUCUGUAAUAUUACCUUACUAUAAGAAAGGCGACUUAUUGGAUUAUAUGAGUUUAUUACGUCGAAAUAAUAUCCAUGUGUCAUCUAAUCUAAAAGAUGCAGUUUUCAAACAGAUUGUAAAAGGGAUCAAUUAUUUGCAUAGAAAAGGUAUCGCCCACCGGGAUUUGAAACCUGAGAACUUCAUGAUUGACAACGACGGGGUCAUUAAGAUAUCAGAUUUUGGUUAUAGCUUAAACGUCAACCGAGAUAGCGAUUACUGGGAAUUUCUACAAGAAAACCCCUAUAAAAUAUGGGUAGGCACAACUAGUUUCAAAGCUCCUGAGAUAUUCAAAUUAGAAUUAGAAAAUUCUAGUAUUGAAGAGGCGAGAGAUAUUCUUGAUUUCAUCAAGUCAGAUUGCUGGUCCUUGGGAAUUAUAUAUUUGCACAUUAUGUUGAUGACGAAACCUUGGAAUUGUGCUAAUCCUCAUGAUGAUAAGAAUUUUGCAAAAUUUUUUAAUCAAUAUCCUAAGAAUGAAAAAGAUUUUACUAGCUUAAUGAAGCAUCUAGAUGAUACCCAUUUUAAUGUUAAUAACAAUCCAUCACUAGCAGUCUUCCAAAAAUUACAUUAUGAAGCGAGGGUGGUUAUUUUUGGACUUUUGAAUCCAGACAUAAAAUCCAGAUUAAGUACUGUCGAGGUUUUGGCUUCAAACUGGUUGAAUCAGGUCUAUGCUAAUACCAAAGAAUUUGUAGGUUUAUGCAAAUCCUGA